AUGGUCUUUGGUUUGCUGCCCCUCCUCAGCUCCAGGGGCGAGGAAAAGAAGUCUCAGGCGGGCGAGAAUGCGACCCUUCUGCCCAGAGCCCGCGGAGGAGUGAAGGUCGGCGAGAACGGCGGCGGGAACGCCGGCGGCUGGAACGGCUCGCGCGGACCGCCGCUGUCGCCGCCCGGGCCGCGGCUCGUUGCUGGCCCUCCCCGGGCGCGUCCCUCAGUCCCUGGUCUCCUGGCCCAGUCGCCGCCCUGGUGCGUCUCUCCCCAGCUCCGGCGGCUCGGUCACUGCUCCUGGCUGUUGGCUGAGCUCUGGAAGCCCCCUCGCCUUAAUGCAGAGCCCGCCGACGUCACUGCGGCCUGCGACCAAUCAGCGCCUCGCGGUCCCUCUGUAAACCAUUCUGCAUCCCCCGGCCCGGGAGAGUGCGGGGAGACCGCGUUUAGAGGAUCAGUGGCGGCGGCACCCGCGGCCCCGCGCUGCGCGGACGGCGGGCAGUACCGUGCCCGGGCCCCCUCCUGCUCCGCAUUGCACCCUCCAGAAAGACUGAACUUGUUUACAGUUCCGUUAGCACUGGAUGAGAAUGUGGGCUCCUCGGAUUCCAGCCAGCCCUGGGCCACUGCUUCUCUCUUUGAGCCACCAGCUGGACUGAAGCACCAUGAGGCAGAGAUCUUGCUUUAUUUAUCCAACUUGAGAUGCAGAAGACAGAAAUUCUUCCAAACCUGUGCCUUACAGGUACUGUUCAACUAUCAUGCAGCAAAUGAAUGGCUCUCAAUCUGGGGCUUGGCUUUGAAGCGAAGGUUGCUAAGCCUCCUAAAUCCUGAUGCACACCAAUGUCGUUUCCCCACUCAUCUGGAAACCUGGUGGGUCCUGCCCAAACACCUGUCAGUUCCACCUCCUGCUUGGCUGCCACCAUGCCAACAGUUUCCACUCAAGCCUUUCAGCUCUGCUUUGGGCACCUGAAGACAGAGUGAAUCAUCUUUCAAGAGUCACAAACUUUGCACAUGCCAUUCCCUCUGGUGAAAAUGCUUUUCCCUUUCUCCCAACUGCCUUAUCAUCAGUCUGCAAAAUAUUUAUUUCUGUUCCUAAAAUCUUAGAUAUCACUUCUCCAGGAGCUUUCCCAGAUGCCUCACUUUAUUCCAGAAGGAGCUAUCACCACUUUUGCCUGGGAAGUCCAUUUUCACGGUUACACUUAUACGCUAUGGCAAUUUAUUGGUGAUUUGUCUGUCUCCUCUAUCAACAGUGAAUUACUCAUCUAUCCCUGGAAACCUGGAACUGCUCAAUAAAUGUUUGUGGUGUGAAUAUACA